AGACUUCAAAUUGCAGACUCAGUGCAUUAUAUGAUAAAUUUAAUCCAAAGAAAGACUGGAAAUUUGUUCUGAGACACCCUGAUUAUUUUAUCCAGUGCCAUGAUUUUGAGAAUUGCAACCUGUGCCUUUUAAAAGAGGGACAUUUUUGAUACAUGGGGUGCCAUGUAUUGAACAGAGACUGAUAUUGAAUGUCUGCUGCUGUUCUGCAGUAACGAAUCCCCUUAUGAAUGGCUGUGGAAAGUGUAAAGGUUAUUAUCUCGUGUUUGUUUACUUUGUAAAGAUAAGAUUUCAGAGAAAAUCGAAGGGUACUGUCUGAAAUUCCCAGUCACUGCAGUUCCACGGAGAGCAUCGAUCCUUUCCUAGAGGUUGCUGGGUACUCAUUGUCUCCCUGUUCAUUAUAGGCUGCUGCUGAAAUCUCCAAUAUUUCAGUGAGCGUGCCUGAGGGAAGAGGAGCACAAGAGAGGAGAGACAAUUGAACAUCAUCAUUGGCUGAGACCUGGAAAAAUGGUGCUGGAUGAACAGAGGAUUAGAACUUAAUUGUAAAAGGGAAGGGAAGCCUUGACAGGCGAUUUGCUUCAUUUUCACAUUCAUCAUGGCACAAAUCCUCUGGCUGGCUGGUUGAUGGGACUGUCCAACACUUCUCCUUAGUUUCAGUGCAGAUCCCUUCUGCUUACGCAUCGAAAGACCUGGGAACAGGUGGGAACUGGAUGUUGCCAGAUACAGGAAUGGAAAGAGAAAUGGACUCUGACGAGUUAAGAUGGAAGUGACUUGACAGCAACAAGCUCAGCAGUUGUCUCCAAUAAGGACAGGUUGAGACGGGAAUCUCAAGCUUCUCUGGAAGAGCAGUAUGCAGGAAGCUGGUUUUCAGGCCACAAAUGCUUUCACAGAGUGCAAAUUCACCUGCGCCAGUGGUAAAUGCUUGUAUCUUGGUUCACUGAUUUGUAACCAACAGAAUGACUGUGGGGACAACAGUGAUGAAGAGAACUGCCUGCUUGUAACAGAGCAUCCACCUCCAGGCAUCUUCAGCUCUGAACUGGAGUUUGUUCAAAUCAUCAUUAUAAUCGUGGUUAUAACUGUUAUGGUGGUAGUGAUCAUCUGCUUGUUGAACCAUUACAAACUCUCGACACGCUCCUUUAUCAACCGACAGAGCCAAAGCAGAAGACAGGAAGAAACUCUGCAGACGGAGGGGUGCUUGUGGCCUUCAGAAAGCUCGGUUUCACGCCAGGGUGCUUCAGAGAUCAUGUACGCCCCAAGGUCCAGGGACAGGUUUACCACCCCAUCUUUUAUGCAGCGGGACCGUUUCAGUCGCUUCCAGCCCACUUACCCUUACAUGCAGCAUGAGAUUGACCUUCCUCCGACCAUCUCCCUCUCCGACGGCGAGGAGCCACCGCCGUACCAGGGCCCGUGCACCCUGCAGCUCCGGGACCCCGAGCAGCAGAUGGAGCUCAACCGGGAAUCCGUCAGGGCGCCGCCCAACCGAACCAUUUUUGAUAGCGACUUGAUAGACAUCUCCAUGUACAAUGGGGGUCCCUGCCCACCCAGCAGCAAUUCGGGCAUAAGUGCAACCAACUACAGCAGUAAUGGAAGGAUGGAAGGACCACCCCCGACAUACAGCGAGGUCAUGGGGCAUUACCCAGGCUCCUCUUUUUUCCAUCACCAGCACAGCAACAUGCCUCCUUCCUCACAGAGGGGGAGCAGACUUCAGUUUCAGCAGAACAAUUCAGAGAGCACAAUAGUCCCCAGCAAAGGCCAGGACCGGAAACCAGGAAACCUGGUCUAAGUUACCUGCCCAGGUGCGUUUGGACUGAAGACAGGAGAUCCAAGCAGGGCGGCGGAGGAAGACCCCCGUGCUCCGGUGCACAGUGUUGUUACGUUUCACGUGGUACAACUGAGUAAAACCAAACGUGCAAACCAGUUCUUUGUUUCUGAUUCCUUUCAGGGGAAUUGCAUGCAAAGCAGAUUGAAAGAAAUACAAACUUCCAUUCAGUUUGUCUAUGAGCAGUGUUUCAGGGGAAAGGGGGGGGAUAUAUUAUUUUUUUUAAUAAACUAUUUCAAUUAUUUAAUUCUAAAAGUUAACUUAGCACAGAAAUGAGGCUUGUACAGCCUGUUUUAUACUCGCUGAAUGGCAGAAGGAAGAAGGUGGUUUUGCUAGAUAAAUGGGGGAAGAAUUGGCCAGUUUGCUUUUUUUUUUCUCCCAGAGUGUGAAUUCUUUUAAUAUGGAACAAAAUUCCUGUUCUGUGUGCCAAGGUAUAAAGUUGAGAACUUAGAAGAAUGCAAGGAAUUAAUUUGUGUUGUGAUAAAUGUGUUUUAAAAAGUUGCACUAUCUUACUGUUUUAAAAAAAAUAUAUAUGAGGGAACUGUUUUAUGUGAAGUUCUUCUAUAUGUUGUCGUUUCACCUGUGGAAUAAUGAUAGAGCCCUAGAAGUAAUCUGGAGGAGUUUACCCCCUCCCCCUGGGUUUGCUAAAAGAUGGGGACAGGACUUAGCCUAACAUCUCUUGACUUUUACAGUUCAAUAAAUACAGGGACACCUGUCUUUGCAAUAAUUUGCAUUCAAAUAGCAGUGUAUCAAUGAAGUGUCUUGGAGACUUUUGGAUGGAAGAAGGCAAAUACAAAAUCCCAGCAUUUUCCAUCACUUAAUGUUUAGCUAUUUUGCAAUGUAGACUAUUUCUUUCAUAAAUGGCAAAACUACAAUUCCAAGAUGUGUUGGUUUAUAUUGAUUCUAAGUGCUGCCAUUCUUUUCCUUUUCAUACUGCAGUAUCACCAGUACUUACAGUUCUAGAGAUUUUUGUCCUCACUGUAGCCUGAAAUGUAUUUAGUCACAUAUCAUGACAUUAUGCAAUAAAUCGUUUGAAAAUGCAGGGUGGGAAUUUUUUCCCCUGCUCUGCUGUUCAAGACUGUGAGGCUGUUGUGGUUUUCGCUCUCCAUUUCAUCCUUUCAGAUGCUGAAGUUCAGUCCUGGAGGUCUGUCCUGUUGAAGUGAAGGGGGCCCUUGUGGCUAAACCCCACCGUGGUGUUUCUGCAGCAGUACCAAGAGCGCUCGUGGCAGUGGUGCCAGCUCCUGCCACAUCCCUGGCAGGGUCGUGGGAGCACCAGGAGUUCUCCCUGCAAACCAUUUUGCUCUGGUUCCUGUUUCCACAACAGGGGUCCAUGACGUCUGUGUGACGCCAGCAGGACUGUGCUCAUGGGUAAAGGUGACUCAUGUGUUCACCAAGUGUCUGUAAGCCCUGAGUUUUGCGAUACUGGCCUGGAGGGUAGUUGGGAAGUGUUACCUGCCUGAGUCGUGGCAUGUGGCGUGUUUCUCCACUGGCUGUUCCCAUGUGGAAGCACGCGCGGUGCCAGAGCUCAGUUGACAAAAGGUGAUAGUGGCAUCACAAGCACAUGAAAAAGCACAAAUUGCACUUAAAAUGCAUUUUGGAAAUGGACUUAAAAGUAAGAAUCUUUAGAGUCUUAGCUUAAAUAGUUUCUAAUAUAUAGGUGUAUGAGUGUGUCAUAGACCUUUUUGCUUUAAGAUCUUUCACUUCUUUCUGUUUUCCUGAGCCUUGUGCUUGGUGAGUGCCCCAGGGGCACCAAUGCCCUGGUCCCAUGGCUGGAGGCUGGAUUUCUGCAGGACUUCUGUACACGAGGGACUCUGAUAACUGAAGUGCAUCUUUGAUCUAUGCAGAGUUUUAAUGCCAAAACUGUGUGCAUGUGUGUGUGUUUGUGUGUCUGCGUGCUUGUUGUCUUUUGGGCCUCAGUGUAGAUUUGUUUUCUUCAUAAGUUAAUUUGAUUUUAUUCUGGUUUAGAAAACAUUUGUGUAACUGUUAGUCUGAAUACACAGCCCCAUUUGUCUCUAAUUGUUAUUUUGGUCUGAGUCAUGCUGGUAAUGCAGAGUAAAGCUGCCUUUUAUUGUAUGUAUUAAUUGAAGGGAGAGAUACAGAUUGUAUGGUGGGAUUCACUUGGUUUUUUUUCUUCUCAGACCUACGGGACAGGUGUUUAGAAGAUGACUAGGUGGCUUUCAGUCAGCUGGGGCUCUCAUCAUUGUCUGGUUCCUGGGAAUAAAAGAUGUGAAAUUAGAUUUUUGUAAACAACCUACUAACACAAUUCUUAGUUAAAAACAACAAACAAAACCGAACCAGAGGACAAAGCCAGAAAAUGUUGGUUUUGGUCUUCAGUGACUUCUGUCACUUGGGGAGUGAGCCUUUAAGCCAGAAAAUGUGCCUACACAGAUACUGUGCUGUUGCUUAAAAGAGGAUUGUUUAGCCAAGAAGCCUUCAGCUACGAACAGUUGGAACUCAGUUGUCAUGGCACAGCACACCUGAACUUGGCCCUGGGCUUGGGCUGGUCGAAGACCAACUUUCCCCAUGUGCAGAUCUCAGCAAAAUGAGCCUUGAAGUUGCCUUCAAAGUCACCUCUUGGGAACGUUCUUUCUUUAAAAACAGCCCUUUGCCAUCUUUUGCCCUCUCUGCAUGCCAGUGGGUUUAUGUACUUCCCAUUAACAUUGUCCAGUAUACUGUCUCUUUUCUUUGCUGAGAAAAAUUUUCUGCCUGGAAAAUGUAGCCUUUUCCAAUUCUUUAGAAAAGAUUUGUUUAAAAAUAACUUGGUAUUUGCUCACCUAAUAGUUGCAUCUCCUCUUGCAUCUUUUUAUUCUCAUCCUAGAAUCAUAGAAUAAGUUGAGCUAGAAGGAACCCAUUAGGAUCAUUGAAUCCAGCUCCUGUCCCUGCACAGAGCCAUCCCCAGGAGUCACACCAUGUGCCUGAGAGGACUGUCCAAAUGCUUCUUGAACUCUGUCAGGCUUGGUGCUCUGGGGGAGCUGUUCCAGUGCCCACCACCCUCUGGGGGAAGAAUCUUUUUCUAAUACCCAACCUGAACUGCCCCUGGCACAGCUUCCAGCCAUUUCCUUGGAUCCUGUCACCAGUCACCAGAGUGAGGAGAUGAGUGCCUGCCCCUCUUCUUUUCCCCAUGAGGAAGUUGUAACUACACUGAGGUCUCCCCUCGGUCUCCUCUGGGCUGGACAAGGAAAGUAAGCUCAGCCACUCAUCUGGCUUCCCCUUGGGACCCUUCAUCAUCCUCAUGCCCUUCUUUGGACACUCUCUAAUGGCUUAAUGUCAUGCUCUGCUUUCCCAAAUGUAGUGUGCAGACAGUACCUCUGAGCUCUGGGAGUGUAGUGGCUAGUUUACUUGCUGUAGGUGAGCUUGCAAUCUUCUGUGUUGGGGCCUCUUUUAGCAGUAAAUGGACUAUUUUUUAUGGAUAUUAGUACUCUCCAGUGAGAAGGCAGUCAACAGUGUAACAUUGAAAUACUUUGUUUUUCUAUUUUUUCUUCUGUUGACUUGUUGAAUUUGCUCUUGAUAACAGAACAGAAUGGUAAAAGAAAUACCAGAAGUAGAUAUCACUAUCAGUCCUUACAGGCUUAGAAAUUUUGAGCUCUGAAGAUAGGUAAUUCUGUGAAGCAUUUAUAGAAGAUAAGCUUUGAAAAUACUCAGAUUUGAUAGACUGUAUUCCAGAGCCACUCAGUGAAACUUUCUAUAAAUUAUAAAAGAUUUCUGCAAACAUUGUAGCAUUAAUUGUCUAGAUUUUGCCUCCAUACUGAUCUGGUGUAUGUGUCUCAUAUACAAAGCCCACAUAUUAUAUGUGUGGUGUUUUCUAUGUGAUGGAUCAUAUUUGCCUGAAUUCUGGUUGCAUCUUCUGACUCGUGUUCCCAAAAUUCAGUAUAGUGAUGUCCCUACUUUAGAAAUAUUCAGGUUAAAAGAUUAUUUUUUCUUUUAAAUGCAACUUUACGAAGUAAAGUUUUCUGACCUCUGUCCUACUGCAAAGACAGUACAUGUCUUUCCCUUACAUGUCUUUGCAUGGCUCUCUUCUUGAUGCUGAAUAUGCCCCAUCUUUGGUGUUUGUGUGUGAUCUUUCAGGGCUAGAAAAGGCAGGGGGUUUAGCAAAAGGAAAAAACUGGUUUCUCUCCCAGUUUACCAAUGGAGCACUUGGCACUUAUCUCUAAUACUGUACCCAUGUCUAGAACAAUUGUGGUUGGGCUUUUCUCAGUGCUGGACAAGCAGACUGAGUGGGAUGCUGCUUAAAAGAUGUGAGUGAGGGGUAACCAGCCAACAGUGCAGUGUUCAGAUCCCUUUCCUGGCGUGUGUGGCAUGUGCAGAAUUCACAGGAAUUUGCGUAAUAGGAUGUUUUCAUCGGGGGAAUCUAAUUAUGCUGCUCCUGGUCUUGUCACUGAUGAACUCUGCAUGUAGGCCAGUCUUGGACUGGUGGGACUUUAUUAUAGCACCAAUUUUCCUUGGAAGUAUGAAAACUCAAGCAUACGGCCCAUGUACAAGUUCAUGACUGCUAGUGAGGAAGAUGUUUGCAUUCCUGCACCCAUGGAAUCUGCAGGAGCCAUGAGUGAAGCUGUGCUUCAUUUGGCCUUUUUUUACCGCUUGACCACUUCUUACACGAGUUUGUCCCAGCUGGGAGCUGCUUCUGUUAUGCCAAAUCUCUGAAUGUUCUUGUUGCAGAUAUACUUCUUUCCUAAAGUGUCAUUGAGAGUUCUUGUGGUAUUUUUUCCUGUGAAUGGGGUACAGGAAAGGGUAGGGAGCAGAAUUGCAUUGUUUAUUAAGGAAUGCACUUCUUUGCAGUAGAGAAGAAAUCCUUGUCCUGCUGGAGAGCCCCGUGUGGAGGCUGUCUGGAACAGAGCUGUCUGAGACGGUCGUUUCUAACCCUGCUGGGCAGUGAGAUAUUGGACCUUAAAACUGACACUCUAAUCUGUAAGGAAUGUUUUACUGCUUUGGAGAAGAUUGAUUGCUAGCCUUUCUCUGACUCUGUCUCUGAAUGCUCACGGAAGCUAAGGUAACCUGACUUUGUAGGCAAGGAAAAACAAAAUAGUAAGUUGGUGAAAAUAUCGAUACGUCAAAUUUUUUUUGUAUAUUUUCUUUUCCCCAAGGAUAAACAAUAGGUUUGUUGGCACAUUUGAAAGUAUUUAGGAUUAUUCACAGGUUCACUCUGGUCAUUACAGUUAAGUCAUGUCCAUGCACUUACAGACCUGCAUGCAGACUUGUCCCCUUGAUUCUGUCUGUAUUAGUUUCUAUUCCAUGAUCACCUUCCAGAAGUGCUAAAUGGCUCUCAGUAACAAUGGCAGGUCAUUUGUCAAACAACAGGAAGCCUGAGGAAUAUUUACUUUUGCUCCUGUAAAUGUCAUGACCUAUGUUUUUAUCAGUGGGGGCUUUCUUGCUGCACCAGUUCUUGCCUGUGAGCUGGUGCACUUGUGCAUCUUCCAUCCAAGAGCUCUCUCUCCUUUUGGGUGAGCUUUGAAAAAUCUUCAUGCUUUGGGAUAACCCCAAUGCAGACCUCGUGCAUUGAUGUACAGGAAGGAAGUAAUACUUGGUGUACCCUAAAUCUCAUAAGCAUGUUUUUUUCAGACCUAGCUGAUGAUGAGAACCAAGUGAUCCUUUUGUGCAGUGGGUUCAGAUGAAGUCUGGCUUUUGGUUACAUCCUUGCUUUUUAGGUAAAGGUCGUCGCACAUAAUUUAAUUAGACAUAUCUGGUUUCUCUGCACUUUGUUGCCUGCUUGCCAAGCAGUACAAUUACAGCUUUUCUCCUACACUAGCCCCAAAUGUGUCAGUCAUUUCAGUCCCUGGAAAGAGGCAGUCUUACUGAGUUGUCUGAGACCUGUUGAGGCCUUUUAGAACACUGAAUAGUCCCUUCUGAGGAUGUGUUGAACUUAGAGAGGUUUCCCAUCCAAAAACUGGUCAGUAUGUUUCGUUAGGACAUUCAAGUUUAAGGUUUUGAGAGUUUGCUGACUAAUAACGUUGGCAGGAUAUUUUUUGUAGUUAAUAUAUUGUUUGCCAGCCUAUCCUCACUAAUCAGGAUGUAAAUUACCUUCUGAGCCACCUCUGAUUGCAUUUUUGGGCUGGCAAAAGCCCCAUUGAACACACUUGUACCAGCAAAAACAAAAGAGUACUUUUCUUAGUGCAGCUCUGGGGAAUAAACAGAAGCUGCACAUUAAGUUCAUCCUCCAAAACCAACCUGAGACCUGCAUUGCCUCUUCCCAGCAAACUGAAGUGUAGGUGUUUCAAUGAAGUGCUUUGCUGCACUAUUCAGUACCACAGACAUGCAGUGGAGGGGCCUACUGAUGUUUUCUUGAAAUUGUAGUUGGCAUUAAAUGUAUUUCAAGGAUGCUAAUGCUGUUUUGGUAACAACCCAGUACAAUUCUGCUUUUGAAAGGGAAGAUCAAGGACCAUUUUGUGUCACAAACUCUCCUGGCUCUUACUUCUGCCUUGCUGUUGUCUCUUCUGUUUUUAGACUGAACACAAGCAACCCAGGUAUUACUUGCAUUGCUUUCUUGCUAUAAACGAGCUUACCUUUUUAUGUUGAUUAAUGAUAGAAAAACAAAACUGUAACGUAGAUAUACUUCCCCUUCCCUCUGACAGACAUGUGAUUUACUGCCAGAGAUGAUGCUAUUUUCUUUGCUAUAUUGCUGCUGCUGUUUCAAGUGGUUUGGUGUGUGAGCUUUCUGAAACAACAUGGUGUGUGUAGGAUCUCGUGGGUGACAAAGCUGUCUCUUCUCUUCUUCCUUUCUCUCCUUGGUUUGUGCUUGUCUGUCCGCUGUGGUAGGUUUACUAAUAAAUUAAAUACAUCCUUAUUAGAUAUGAUUUUGAGGAGGUUUGCAUGUCUGUAGUUUGUAAGCAACUAAGGUGCCUCAUGUUCAGGUCUGAGCAGAUAGGAAUCCCCUUGCACUCAAGGGCCUGAUCCAAAGCCUGCUGAAGUUGGUAGGAAGACUCUUGCCAACUUCAGGGGGCUUUGCAUCUGGCCUUGCACUCCCACCUUUGUUGUGCCUCACUUAAAAUGGUGCUUUUUCAGUUGUCUCUUUUUUUUCUGUUUUUUUUUUUUUUUUUUUUUUUUNUUUUUUUUUUUUUUUUUCUUUGUAUGGUGCUGUGUAUAACUUGAAUAUAUUAUGCACAUAUCCUACCCAAUGGGUAGAACAAACAAACAUACAGAAACAAAUAGAUGUUGUUAAUACUGUAAGAUAGUGUACAGAUGAUACCAAUUUUAACACAAAAAACGGCAUAGACUUUGUGAAUGCCAAUCUGUGCUUGGUCCUUUUUUUGUAAGAAAGUUUGCAAAUGAACGCAUACAAAUUACAAAAAGUCUAUGUAUUUUAUUUUCCUAUUAAAUAUCAAUAUAAUAUCAUAAGGGAAAAAGGUUAAACAAAUCCUUUUUGACAAGCCUGUGUAUAGCAAUUAGUUGUUCGAUGCAUCUUUGCUGUGAAGAUUUCUUCUUUUUUUUUUUCUUUAAUGUGUCACUUUAAAAAAAGGAAAAAAAAAAACCACAAAGCAAACAAAACCUCCACAGCUUUAACCUUGCAAUUAGAUGCUUCUUGUAUUGGUUGUUGCCUUGCUAUUGCUGAGUUGGAACAGUAUUAGUUACUACUUCUCCAGCAGAUACAUUAUUUAGUACUAUCCUUGAUUACCUUUUUUUUUUUUUAACUUAGAAAUAGGCUAAAACUUUUCAAACCUUUUUAAUCACAUCCUAGAUUUGAAAUGAAGCUCAGACAGGUGGGAACUGAGCCAAACCAUCCCUGCAAAAUCAAAACCAGGCCAAUGAGAGUUCUGUGACAACAGCCAACCUGUGCCCACUACUGGUGCACCAUGCUACCACUACAGACUGUCCUUGGGCUUGGGGUGUGGAUGGGCUCCCUGGUGACUUGUGCUCUUGCAGGGUGGACAGGAAUGGCCCCACCUGGUAGCGAGCUGAAUGCAGGGUUUGAGUGGGAGCUUUGAGUUGGCAGCUCUGCUGCUGUGUUGGCUUCUGAUAGCAAUGGCUUAACCCAGGUUCAUAUUUAAGGUCACAGAGAAAUGCUUAGACCUGUUCAAACCCAAUAGGGGAAGAGGUGUGGGAAGUAAUGUUACACUUCAGCUUCCUGCCAGGCUGCCUUGGCAGUUUGAUUCUCCUCCGGCAUCUCCCUGUGUUUGGCGCUCCCUUCCCGUGCCCCUGCACGCUCUUUGGUAAAGCAAAUACCUCAGGAAAACUCAACAUGAAGUUCUAGUGUAGGGACUUGCAGAUGCUGUACUUAUUUUUCUAAACUCUUUGUUCUAACUAUCCCAGUAGGUGAUAUAAAAGUUUAUCAGUCCGAGACAGACUCGUCCUUUCCCAGAUGGAUACCAACUAAUCUUUCAUAGAUACUCCUGUCUGUAUGUAGCUUUUUUAUACUUGCCAGGCUUUAACCACAGAUGUAAGGUAGCAAGGUGUUGGGAGAUGUUUGAGAUGGUGUUUUGGUUUGGUUUUUCAGAUGACUAGCAAAGCGCUGUGCUAAAACUCAGGGGGCCUUACCCGGGGCCAGUGAAAUCAGUGGUGGGGCUUCCUCUGGUUUGAGUGGGCUUUCGACCCGGUCCAUCACGCUGGAAGAUGGUGCCUUGGGGCACAGUCCUUCACUGCUUCUCUGUCAAUCUGAAGCAUCUACACCUUUGUCUGUAAAUAGCUUUUUAAAAGCCCUCACAGGAGUCCUGUAUCUGAAUGUUACCAUGGUUGUUUCGGCUUUUUUUUUUCUGUUUUGUUUUAAAGAAGUGUGUUAAGUUUUUUAUGGCCAGUUCUGCAUCAUCAUGCCUAUAGGUAGGUUGUAUCAUCACAUCCUUCUAUAUGUUGAGCUGUUCUGUCAGUAAGCAUGUACCAUAGGUAAAUACACAUAUUUUGUGAUUGUCACUUGUUAAUUCAUUUAUUGUUUGUCAGGGCGUGGAGUAAUUGUUUUGGAAGUGUGCCUUGCCUGGCCAUCUUCACAUUUCUGUUUGCACUGCAGUACCACUUCUGUGCAUGAAGGAAGAAAAGCAAACAAAAAACCCCGGGCCUUCACUAGGAAGACUGUACAGAGUAAACCUCCUGCUGGAGGAAUCUAGAGUAGGAUUUAUCAUAACAAAACAUGCAUACUGAGUGGACCAAACAUGAGCAUGACUUCUUUUAGAGGCACUAAUUUGCUUUGAAGCUGCAGUGGAAAGAGCAGACUAUCUGCUAAGUGUAUUCACAGCUGUGUUCAUGCUUUUCCAUUUACCAGAAAGCACAGCAGGCAGCCAAGAUUUUAAAAGGACUAUGAGCAGAAGUUACGAGAGCCUCAGGCAUCAUAGACCUGGACAGCAAAAAUAAUGAUGAUAAUAAAAAUUUUUUAAAAAUCACUUUAGUAUUCUUUAACAAAGCUUUUCUACUCAUAAUAUAAAGACUACAUAAGCGUCGAUAGGGGUUUUAUCUUUGUAUAACUCUCAACUGCCCAAUGCUGCUGUGCUCAGAGCAUUUCAUGACGGUAUAUACAUCAGUCAGGCUGUUACACUCAAAAUUAAUCAUCAAAUGCCUAUUUUUAGAGUGUUACUCUUUCUUUGUUGUUUCUUGCUAGUUAAUUUACAGUGUAAAAUGCUUUAUUGCUGUAUGGAUUUUAAUUUUUUGUAUUUCCAACAUUGUGGCUUUCAAGAUCACAUUUUCAACACAUCUAUUAUUUUUGUCCAUUUUCUUUCAAACUAUUCUGAAAUAUGUACAGCACUAUCAACAAUAUUUAAUCUUUCUUUUAAAAUUUAUUGUUGUAAAACAAAGCUAUUAAAAACAGUAAGUCUUUUUACAACUGUAUUGGAAUUUCUCAAUAGCUGUUCAUGUGAUGCUAUGACAAACCUGGCUUGCUUUACUUUUGGGUUUUUUUAAAUUUUAUUUUCUGUUUAACACAAUUAAUUUGUUGCUUAUUUUCCACCGUAACUCCCAGUUAUAUACAGAAAAAGGUUUCAAAUGUUGUGUAUCUGACUCUUUUAAUUGAGCAAAUGGUGAUGUCCUAGUUUUUAGACCUAAGGUCUGUUUAUUGCAAUACUUUUAAAGGAAGAUGUUGCUCUAAGUGCUGUUGUUAGUUUUAAAUACAGAUUUUAUGCUUGUUCUUAAUAUGCUGUGGUUAAACCAUGGCACAAAAUUAUUAAAAAUUAUUAAAUGCA